AUGUCAGACGUAUCAACCACUACAGAACCCACGUUCUUGAUACACCAAGCAACACACAUGUUCCUGGCAGAUGCUAUUCAUUUUCAAGUGAUCCAAAUGAACAAAUCUGCGUUCAUCUGGGUAGGCAAAGCAGAAGGUAAAUUGGGCGAUAUGUCGGUUGCAGUACCACCUUUUGGAACACAGACCAAUGCAUCAGCAACAACCAUCAUCAACAAAGGUGUUUCAGAACAUGGUCGAAAUUUAGCCCGUAGACUAGCUGCUAAAUACAAGCAACAGUUCUACAUUAGCUUCGAUUUAAGCAGCCCGGACGACAUGCUCUUUGUAUUUGUAGAAAAGAAAUUAACAGAAUUAUUAAAGAAUGUGCUGUAA